UGUUUUUCUCUCCUUGUUUCUCUCUCUGUCUCUGUUGAUCGCUAAGCUGCUGACUAAGUAAGAAAGCUUUGAUGGAAAUCCUCCAGUGCUGGUCAGGCCCCUCCUCCUCCAGGGAGCUUGUCCUUGACUAAUUUUUCUUUGUCCCAAUGGGAAAGAGAGAGAGGGACAGAGACAGAAAGAGGAAAAAGCAAAACCACAAACUUCCUUUGAAAAUCAGUUUGCAUGCAGGGCCUGGAGCACAUGCCGGAGACUCAGCUACUCAGGAAUCCUGAAGACGCUUGGAGAAAGCUAGCCCGGGAGCCCCUGGACUGCGCCCUGCCCGCCCGCACGCUGCUGCGUUGCCCCCAGCCCUGGGUGUGAGUCCGGAAGUGGCCACAACCCAGCCAGCCUGGCCGCGCUCCCACUGAGCCUGUGUCAGCCUGUGUAAGCUUGGCGUUGACAGCCAGGAGGCAGAGAGCCCAGGUGCCCCUCACUGUGCUACCCCCUCAUCAAACUGCCAGAGCUGAACCCUCUUUUCAGUCUUGGGACUGCACCCACUUCUUCAAGGAAGCCCCUCCCAGGACCUUCUUGCUGUGGUUGGGAUUGUGUAAAGUUCAGUAGAACGCUCGCUUUCCUCACGAGGGUGUCAUCAGUAGGAGCAUGGUCCCACUCUGCAUCUCCACUCCACCCCAAGCACUAUGAGUUGGUGACCGCUUUCAGCCUUGAGGGAAGCUGAGUCCACUUGCAGAUUCAACCCUCCGCCCUGUCAAGCCUGGAAGCCCAAUCUGCAUAGAUCCCCUCCAGUCACAGCAAGUUAGUGGUGGAGAGCUCAGCCGUAGUCCUUCUGUGUACACAGUGGGGAAAGGCAGGUGCCGCUCCGAGCUAGGAGUGGCUGUGUAGAACAAGCCAGCCUCCAUACCACAUUCACUUUCCAAGCCUUUUCCAGGUCUCUGCUUUGCAAACCAAUGAUCUUGGUGGACAGGGCUCUCCUGUGUAUACCUCUGCUGGCCUAGGCAAAGCCCCAGGUCAGGAAGCGCUGUCAGGGAUCCUUGUUUGACUGUUUCCCACCAUGGAACAUGCUCAGUCUGAGCAUCUGGGCCCUGAUAAGCCCAGAAGUAUGGAAGAGGUCACCUGUGAGAACCAUGAGGUCCCCUUGGGAUCUGAGGAGCAGCCUCAGAACAGGGAUGCCAAAAAUGCCAAUGAGGAGAGAGAGGAGGGAAACCAAAGUGAGUCACAGCCAGGAUACCAAACAACACUUCCAGCCCAGAGCGGGGAGAACCUGGAGUGCCCCCCGCCUGAAGCCCAUGUGCAUCCACCUGGGCCAGUCUGUGGAAAGUCGCUUGAAGUAGAGAUGAUUGGGGCCUGCUCCGGGCCCCAGGAGCUCCCCCAGUCUCCCAGGGCCAGGCAGCCUGAACCAGACUUCUACUGCGUGAAGUGGAUCCCCUGGAAGGGAGCACGGACACCCAUCAUCACACAGAGUGCGAAUGGACCGUGCCCUCUGCUUGCCAUCAUGAACAUCCUUUUCCUCCAGUGGAAGGUGAAGUUGCCUCCCCAGAAGGAAGUGAUCACAUCCGACGAGCUCAUGGCCCACCUCGGGGACUGCCUCCUGUCCAUCAAGCCCCAAGAGAAGUCAGAAGGACUUCAGCUUAAUUUUCAGCAGAAUGUGGACGAUGCAAUGACGGUGCUGCCUAAGCUGGCCACGGGCCUGGAUGUGAACGUGCGGUUCACAGGUGUCUCAGACUUUGAGUACACUCCGGAGUGCAGUGUUUUUGACCUCCUGGGGGUCCCUCUGUACCACGGCUGGCUUGUGGACCCACAGAGUCCUGAGGCCGUGAGUGCAGUUGGGAAACUGAGUUAUAACCAGCUGGUGGAGAAGAUCAUCACCUGCAAACACUCUAGUGACCCCAACCUCGUGACAGAAGGCCUGAUUGCAGAGCAGUUCCUAGAGACCACCGCGGCCCAGCUGACCUACCACGGCCUGUGUGAGCUUACUGCAGCUGCCAAGGAGGAUGAACUUAGUGUCUUUUUCCGGAACAACCACUUUAGCACUAUGACUAAGCACAAGAGUCACUUGUACCUACUGGUCACAGACCAAGGUUUUCUACAGGAGGAGCAGGUGGUAUGGGAGAGUCUGCACAGUGUGGAUGGAGACAGCUGCUUCUGCGACUCUGACUUCCAUCUCAGCCAUUCCCUGGGCAAGGCACCCGGAGCAGAAGGUGGGGAUGGCUCUCCAGAAAAGCAGCUGCAGGUAGACCAGGACUACCUGAUUGCCUUGUCCCUGCAGCAGCAGCAGCAGCCACAAGGCUCACUGGGCUUGACUGACCUGGAGCUGGCACAGCAGCUUCAGCAGGAGGAGUAUCAACAGCAGCAAGCAGUCCAUCCUGUGCAGACACGGGCCCCGCUGCCACAGGGCAGAGGAGCCACCUCUGGACGGCCAGCUGGGGAGCGGCGGCAGAGGCCAAAGCACCAGACAGACUGUGUUCUUCUGUAGCUCUACCCCUUCGUUCAGAAGCUGUGGUUGGUUGGUUUGCUUUUCCACCUCGGCCCCUGAGAUACACAGGGUAACUUAUUUAUGGACUGCGGGAGUCAGGGCAGGCAAGGACGGACUCAGCAACAUCCUGGCCCUCAUGUGAUGCUGCUGCUACUGCUGCCUUCUCUUCCUCCCAUCCUGGGAUGAUGGGGUGAAGAUUUCCCCCAAAUAGUCUCCAGAACACACAGACUCAGGUUCCAGGCGAGGUCCCUCUCUGGAAUGCAGAGCUCUACUACUUCCUGUCUCACACUGCCUGGGGGCUCCUGGCUACUGCAGGCCUUUUUCCAUUUGUUUCAGAGUUUGAUUUGGGUUUCUAUCUGUUAUUUGUAAUACCUGCCUAAGGUCUGGAAAUAAAACCUCUUUACUGAC